AUGACGAAGCUACACCCUCAGGCCUCUCCAGGCAAGUCUUAUCCUCCUGCGCAGAAAAGGGGACCCCUCAAAUUAACACAUCUCAACAGCGGCCGUUCGACACCUGUCCCUCCUGAUGCGCCCCCUUCGGUGCACGCCACCUCGUCCGCCCGCCGCCAGGUUCGCGCCGAGCAGAAGCGCCGCCUGUUCCCCACGAUCGAAUAUGCCGCUCGCGUAUCGCACUUUGACCCCCAGAGCGACUACCGUGAUUUCCGCGGUUUCUUCGUGCUGUUCUGGGUCGGUCUGGCCAUCAUGGUCGUGUCCAACAUGGUCGGCCACUACAAGGAAACGGGAUACCCAUUGUCCAUUCGCCAAUGGAAAACCUUCACUGCCAACAUUUGGGAAAUGGGCCUGAGCGACUUGAUCAUGGUUGCUUCGACUGCCAUUAGCCUGCCUCUCCACAAGCUUUACGACGCCGGCAGCCCCGACUUGCGCUGGAGCAAGAAUGGCAUGCUGAUUCAGAGCAUCUUCCAGGGUGUGUGGCUGCUCUUCUGGACCCUGUGGCCCUUUGUCCGUGGCUGGACUUGGACCGCCCAGGUCUUUUUCAUCCUGCACUACCUUGUUUUGUUCAUGAAGAUGCACUCGUAUGCUUUCUACAACGGUCACCUCAGUGAGACCAGGCACCGCCUUCAGGAGCUUGACCAUCCCGAGACCGCCUCAAUGGCUGCCGCCAAGAAGUACCCCAGCGCCGAGACUCACCUCAACCAGCUCACCCCGGACAGCGAGAAGGAAGAUGCACUCCGGGACAACGACGACUCCCUUGCGCAAUUGCGUGAGGAUCUUGCCCGUGAGCUUGUCUCGCCCCUUGGAAACACCAGCUACCCCAAGAACCUGACCGUCGCGAACUACAUCGACUAUCUUUUCUGCCCCACGCUCUGCUACGAGCUCGAGUAUCCUCGUACCGAACGCAUUAGGAAGUCGGAACUGUUCUUUAAGACCUUGGCUGUCUUUGGUUGCAUCUUCCUCCUGACAUUCAUCACCGAGGCCUAUGUCAUGCCGGCAUUGGACAUUGCCGCCGUGGAGCUUGAGCUUCCUGGUUCUUUCGGAGGUCGCACCACCAUCGUGCUCGAGACCAUCAGCAGGCUGCUUUUCCCUUUCACUGCAAUUUUCCUUCUUGUUUUCCUUGUCAUCUUCGAGUAUGCCCUUGGUGCUUUUGCUGAAAUGACCUGCUUCGCGGACCGCCACUUCUACUCCGACUGGUGGAACAGCUGUGACUGGCUCGAGUUUUCGCGCGAAUGGAACGUCCCUGUUCACCGCUUCCUCCGCCGUCACGUCUACUCCGCCUCCCGCCCCAGGUUCUCUCGCUCUACCGCCACAAUCAUUACCUUCCUCAUCAGCGCCGCUGCUCACGAGCUUGUCAUGGGCUGCAUUACCAAGAAGCUGCGUGGCUACGGAGCUUUCGCCAUGAUGCUCCAGAUUCCCCUCGUUGCGGUCCAGCGGAGCAAGCCCGUCAGAGGCAAGACCCUCCUCAACAACGUCCUCUUCUGGUGCUCCAUGGUCCUUGGUCUGUCCAUGAUGUGCGCUCUGUAUGUCUUGGUUUAA